CUAAUAUCAGUAUUACUAAAUUUAGCAUCAUUUGUAAGCAUCUUACCAAACGAUUCCCUAAUGUUUCGGUGGAGGAGUGAUGCUCAAUGAUGCUAAAAUUGAAGCUAUUCAUUUUUUCCCAAUCUGUUCCUCUCCGACUUGCCGGAUCUCCGGUCGCCGUUAAAAGUUUCGGCUCCGUUCCAGUGAAUUCACGCAAACAAUCUCCUCAUCAAUCACUUCCCAUAGUACCUACUCGCCGUCGCUUAAUCCACCGUUCCUUUUCUGUAUCAAUGGAAUCUUCCGGCGUUAACAAGACGUCGCCGUCGCCGUCAGUCGUGAAACUGAAGCCCAUAGAAGCAACUCCAGAAACUUUUAAAGAGUUUGGUCAGGUAAUUGAGUCGUCUUCAGAUGGGGAAGAAUUUGGUCCUCGUGAUGCUCAGCUUGAUUUGAGCAAUGGAAUUCCUAGGUUUUACAUUAUGCAUCUUAAAGAUCGAUCCCUCAGAUUUUCUAUAAUAACACAUCAUGCCAAUGUAACCCAAUGUCUUGGAUCUAUUGGAGGCAAUGUUUGGUAUCUUGGAGUUGCUAAACCAUCUACUGUGGAUCCAUCAGCAGGGGCGGACACCUUCGUCAAGUCAAAUUGUGGGCAUUUUUAUGUGCCACCUGCUGUUGAUGAAGUGCAGGCUUUCAGAAUUUCAGGUCCAAAGUUUAUAAAACUGAAUCAUGGUACAUGGCAUGCUGGACCAUUAUUUACAGAUGAUAAGAUGGAUUUCUACAAUCUGGAGCUGCAUAAUACUAAUGUGGUUGAUCGCACAACACAUGACUUCAUCAAGAAGAAUGGUGUGGUUUUCGUACUGGAUGAUUAGGAAAAAAUCAUACCCAAAACCUUGAUUGAUUGUGAGCUGUUUAAGUGCAUUUUGAUGUGGUUUCUUUAUACAGAAAUCAUGCUUUUGAUAUGGUUAUUACUCUGUAUUUGUUCGAAGUUA